CGGUACAAUAAUUCUAAGACCCCAUCAACUCCUUGUGGUUUCAUUGGAUGGGCACCAUGCCAGAAGCACGAGUACCAUCCGGCUAUAAAAGGAUCCACGAGGGACUCUUCCCAACCACUUGCACCUAAACCAGCACCACUUCCCAGCACACAAACCACCAAUUAACCCUGCCUACCGGCGCUGGCGCUUGAGGAGAUGGAGGCGGCGAUUGGCAUGGCAAGCGGGCUCAUUGGCAGCCUGGUGAAUCUGCUAGCCAAUGAGGCUGUGGGGGCGUACGUUGCCAGCACUGAGCUUGGCCUCAACUCCACACAGAUCAAAGAUGAUCUGCUGCGCACCCAAGUUCUGUUGUGCGAAGCCGACAGAAGGGCCAUGAGCAACAACGCCGGUCUGGAGGGACUGUUGCGGAGGCUCAGUGCCAAGGUCGAUGAGGCCGAGGAUGCCCUGGACGAGCUCCACUACUUCAUGAUCCAAGAAAAGCUCGACAACACCAAUUACACACUGCCGGAUCUGGGUGAUGACCUUCGGGGUCAUGCUCGCCAUGGUCGCCAUGCUCUUCGCCACAUCGUCGGUAACUGCCUUACAUGUUUCUCCUGCUCUUGUUCGACGAAAUAUGAUGAUGGUCGUGUUCCUGUUAUUGUUACAAAUAACCCACACAAUGCAACGGAGCAGCCUGAUAGUGGUGGUAAUGGUGAUCGUCCGGUUGAUAAGUUGUUAUUCGAUAGAGUGGCCAUGUCUAGGAAAAUUAAGUCAGUGAUAGAGGAACUACAUUCGUUGUGUGACUCUGUCACUGAGUCACUCAAAAUAGUUCCGCAUCAUAGCAGUAACACUGCCAUAAAACGACCUAUCAUUGGAUCAACCAGUGCACAGAGUAUAUUGUAUGGGAGGACAGAGCUUUUUGAGCAAACAGUAAAAGAUAUCAUUACCUGUGACACAAAUAGCAGUGAAACAUUGUCUGUUCUUCCUAUAGUUGGCCCAGGUGGUAUUGGAAAGACAACUUUCACUCAACACCUAUACAAUGAUAAAAGGAUACAAGAACACUUUGAUGUUAAGGUUUGGGUAUGUAUAUCUGAUUUUGAUGUGUUUAGGAUCACCAAACAUAUCCAUGACCACAUACGUGAAAGUGAAAAACAAGAAGGCAGCACUUCCCAUCAAACAACCAAUACCAGUUUAGACCUGCUUCAAAUAUAUAUUGGGCAUAAACUAAAGUCCAAAAGGUUUUUAAUUGCCUUUGAUGAUCUGUGGGAAUGCAAUAGCGAGGAUUGGGGAAACCUGUUAGCUCCAUUGAUGAAGGGGGAGGCCAAGGGAAACAUGAUUCUCCUCACAACACGAUCCCCGUCUAAAGCUGAUACUGUGAAAACAACCGAUGCAAUAGCACUGAAAGGCCUUCACCCUGAAGAUUUCUUCACAUUCUUUGAGGAACUAAUAUUUGCGGGAAACAAACCCGAGUAUUACCAAGAGGACUUGGCUAAUCUUGCAAGAGAUAUUGCAAACAAAUUGAAGGGUUCACCUCUAGCAGCUAAAACAGUUAGUCGGAUACUGAAAAGGGAUCCAUCUCGGGAACAUUGGACUGGAGUUCUUAAAAACAAUAAAUGGCAAAAACAAGAAAAUUCUGAUGACAUUAUGCCAUCUCUAAGAAUUAGCUAUGAUUAUCUUCCUUUCCAUUUGAAAAAAUGUUUCCCAUAUUUUGCCCUGUUCCCCGAAGAUUAUAGGUUUAAUAAUCUAGAGAUUACAUACUUUUGGAUUGCAAUAGGAAUCAUUGAAAAAGAUGAGAAUUACAUGGAACAACUUGUGGACAAUGGUUUUCUCGUGAAGGAGAAUUAUGUACUACAUGAUUUAUUACACGAACUAUCACGGAGUGUCUCGUCACAAGAGUGCCUCAAUAUAAAUAGUGGUGAAAGUUUUAGAGCUGAUGCCGUCCCCAAAUCUAUUCGUCUUUUUUCCAUCACCAUGGAAGAAAAAUAUGAUGUGACUUUUAGGGGAGAAAUGAUUAAACUGAGGAGCAAGGUAGACAUUGUAAAUUUACGGGCUUUGAUGGUUUUUCGAGAAUAUAGUGAAACUAUUAAUGAGAUUUUGGAAGAUACUUUCAUGGAAAUACAAGGUCUCCGUGUCCUAUUUAUGAAAGUCAAGUCCCUGAAAUAUUUCCCACCCAACCUUUCAAAGCUUAUCCACCUCCGAUACCUAAAAGUUUCUGGACACACAACUGACUCAGAGCUAACUUUGCCUAGCACACUCCCUAGAUUUUAUCACUUGAAACUAUUGGACCUAAGUAGUUGGUAUGGUAGGGAUAAAUUGCCUAAAGACAUUAGCCGCCUUAUCAACUUACACUAUUUAGUUGCUAGAAUUAAAUUCCAUUCUCAAUCUGUUGAACUCCAUUCCGAUAUUCCUGAGGUUGGAAAGAUGAAGUGUCUAAAGGAGCUUACAAAAUUUUGUGUCAAGAAAGAGAUUGUUGGAUUUGAGUUGAGUGAGUUGGGGGAGUUAACUGAGCUCGGAGGAGAACUCAGUAUAUAUAACCUUAAAAUGGUGGCAACCAAAGAAGAGGCUAUGGAAGCCAAACUGAUGUUGAAAGCUGAUUUGAAAAAGUUGGAGUUACUUUGGGGCACAGAACACGAUCAGGGAGAAUCUGAUGUCCUUGGUGAUAGUACAGAAUUAUCUGAUGUUAUUGAUGGUCUUGAACCACAUCCUAAUCUUCAAUCACUUGUUAUUAAAAAUCACGGUGGCUCAACCUGUCCUAGUUGGUUGUGUGGUUCCAUUGGCCUACUAAUGCUGACGUCCCUCUGCCUAGAGGAUGUUUCUUGGACCAUUCUUCCACUUGGGCGUCUGCUACAUUUGUCGUCACUCACGUUGAGGAAUAUUCCUAGACUUGGUCAGAUCAUAUCUGGCUCUUCUGACAUUACAGACAGGAGUUGUUCGCGGUUGAAGGAGAUUAUCCUCUUUCGGCUGCCAGAAUUUACUGAGUGGGUGGUGACGCCUAAUGCCCGUUGGUUUCCAAGGCUUGAACUUGUCCAUUGCUAUGGAUGCCCCAACCUCCGUUCGUUUCCCUUCCUGGAAGAGGGCUCUGGUUCUUAUACGAGCCUAUCGACACUCCGUAUUUUCAAAUGCCCCAAGUUGCUCCUGCCCCCCAUGCCGGCAACUCAUAUUGAUGUGCCUGCUGGUCCUUCACGGAGUAUGGAGUAUGAUGAACAUGACUUGCCUUUGACGGGGCAUAGCGGUGCUGCAUCAAAGUUCACAUGGGCGCAACUCCCAAAGCUAACCUCUCUGAGGGAGCUUCGUAUUGAAGGAGACUCAAGCUUUGUAUCUAUGGAUCUGCUCUCAAACCAUACAUCUUUGACCUGUCUACAACUAGUAGAUUGCGAGAAUUUAGAAGUAGAUGGGUUCAAUCCUCUCAUCGCAGCUGUCAACCUCAAGGAAUUUGCGGUUCACAACAGGGGAGGAGAUCGUUCUCGCUCUGUAGCGGCGGAUCUUCUCUCAGAAAUGGUGGUGGCAAGUAGGACUGACAUACAGUUGCCUUCUGCGGGCUGCUUCCGACUGGAAACACUUGGCGUGGAUAGCAUCUCAGCAAUGCUUUCUGCUCCCGUAUGCAGCCUCUUCGCCACCACCCUCCACACAUUAAUCUUCGAAUUGGAUCAGCGGGUGGAAAGCUUCACGGAAGAGGAAGAGAAUGCGCUUCAGCUCCUCACCUCCCUCCAACACAUGUAUUUUUGGUUUUGCCAAGGUCUGCCGUCCCUCCCUGGAGGGUUACACAAACUUUCUUCUCUCUGGGGCCUACAUGUGGGUUAUUGUCCUAAGGUCCGAUCGCUGCCCAAGGAGGGGCUCCCCGCUUCUCUGCGACUUCUAAUAGUAGAAGGGUGCACUCGCGAGCUAUGUGAGCAAGCCAAGGAAUUUGAAGUAAGAAACCCAUAUUUACGGGUAGACGCCUAUAAAUGCAUAGAUUGAAUUUUAAAUCCAAGGCCAGCCCCAUGUAACUUGUGAAUAUCCUUUCAGCCAUAUCGUCUAUGAGCUAUAUGUCUGCAUCUGGAAUAUCAUACUCUACUUUACAAUAUGAAGACCAAGGUGGCAACCGGCCGGUGGACCUGGAGGCUGAAGCAUGCAAUCCGAUUGCAAUGGAGAUUGGAACCGGGCAUAUGCUCGAUUGAAUAUUCCUAGGAAAAUGAAAUUCCUACUUAUUCUGCUAAGUGUUGGUACAUGCAUCAUCUUGUAUGGAAGAACCUCUAUGUUAGUGCUUUUUCAUCUUUUCAAAAUUCUGAACUUUGUUGCUUAAAAGUAAUGUCUUCUUUUCUUUCUAUGCUCUUCCUCCUCUCAGUCUCAGGAAAAUCCAGAGAUGUUCCUAUCUAGAUACUGUUAGUUCAGAAGUUUUCUUUCACAAGUUGGCGACGGGAUAUUCGGUUGACACCAUUCACCGUCAAGCUAGUUUUAGGACAACGAUCUGAAGCUUCAAUGCCACGCACCUCAAGCACCUAAUUAAUAUGUCGCAGAGAAGCUACCUUAGCAGAAGGCACAUUUCAUUUACAAAAUUAUGUAUGGGAUCAGAAAAGCGCUGUGCGUUAAUGGUUUGCUUGGAGUAUUGCCCAAUUCUUUUGCACACACAUUGUCUGGCUUACUAAUGAUUCGUCAGCUUUUGAAUCACGAAAUUGACAUUUUGGUUGGAAGAGCAAUUUAUCCUCGGGUAAGUUCAUGUCUAAGCAGUUUUAGAUGGCAAGGGUGCUGCUCCAUUCUUCUUGGUUUGAAGUAAGAAUGUUGGUUUGAAGUAAGAAUGUAUGCUUAGCCCUUUUUUUUUUGAAAAUCUGAACAUCACAUUUUGUGCAACAUUGGAGCAGGUUGAUUUGGUGUUCAUGAACUUCAUGGUAACCACUGACUGCCAACUACAACUUGUCCAGAUUUUAGAGAUUACAUAUAUUGUGAUGCUUUAGUGCUUUACUGGCAACCUUGAUCCGUCAGAGUUUCAGUUCGAGUAUAGCAGGUUCACAACUGAUGAGUAAUGAGCGACUCAAAAACAGUGAAUUCAGAAGUUGGUUGUUCGUCGGGACAACAAAAAGUAACCAGUGAGCCUCUGUCUUCAUACCUCUGACGGAGUGCUGCGUAGUUCUGCAUAUAAAUAGACCCUAUUGAAGGUGUGUACGUGUCAGCUUGGCUCCUUCAUGACAACGAACCUGAGGUCCUCAACCUGAUGAAGUCAUGAAGAGGAAGCUACUGCAGUACGAUUCCUGACUAGAAAGCAUUGCAGCAGCUCCCGCCUCCUGCCCGGCCUCUCCACACCGCUAGUAUUUCUCCAGGCUCCGCGGCCGCAUCCUCCACUCGUUUCUCCACUGCAUCUGCUCUGCCCACAUUUGGCACUCGGCGGGCCUCUUCUAAGCGCUAUAGCGUCCUAUAGCGCUAUUUAAAAUGUAUGUUCAUGUGUUUGAAUGAAAGUCCCUUAGCGCAAGACCUCUUCUAAAUGCUAUAGCGAAGCUAUAGCGGGCUAUUUGAAACCAUGGCGCUGACGCCAGAAGAUCGUUGUUGGGCAAGGCCCGCGGCCAGCUGUGAAUAUUGAGUAUCCUGAGAAAUGUCUCCUUUGGAUAGAUUGUCCAUUUUUGGAAGGAAUUCAUCCCCUUUCCGCUCUUUA